AAAAAAAAACAAUGAAGAACGAAAGAGGAAGCAUAAACUUCCAGAUGUCAGGAUGUCAGAAGUGGAAACCUGUUGUUGUCAUACUGGCGGUCUACUUUGUAAUGGCUGUUUUAAACUUUUUAUUUAAGAAGAUUCUCGAUAAGGGAAAGAGUCAUUUAGUUAUAAUCACUUACCGGCUGACAACUGCUGCUAUUUUUUUAAUGCCUGUUGCCUAUUUCCAUGAAAGGAGAAGAGGUGUGAAUGUUAAGCUCACAACUCCAAUCUUAUGCUAUCUCUUCCUCAGUGCUUUAAUUGGGGCAACACUCACCCAGUAUCUGUUUCUUAUUGGAAUCCAAUGCACAUCUGCUGCAUUUGCCAGUGCCUUCAUCAACAUGACUCCUGUCUUCACUUUCCUUUUGGCUAUACUACUAGGAUUUUCUCAGGCAAGAGAGUGUGAACUUGAGAAGCACAAGAAAGAUAGCUAAAGUGUUAGGUUCCCUUGUCUGCAUUGGGGGAGUUGUAGUACUGAUCUUGUACAGAGGAAUACCACUGAACAAAGAAACUUUCUCGAAAA